GACAACGCGAGCACUCAGCUAUACCAAUUUCGUUUCAAUCAUGAAGCUGCUGGUAUCGUUCCUGCUGGCGUGCUGCGUCGCCGCCUGCUGCGCCGCCUGCUGCGCCGCCUGCUGCCAUCACGAAUCUGCUGAGUUGAUAAAAAGAGGAUACGUUAUAGUGCCGAGCUCCGCCGGGGCCGUCAUCCCCCUCAGAGGCUACAACGGAGAGACCAUGUACUACGCCAUUAAGAUUUCCUACUUUCAGGGUGGCCGCGCUGGCGUCGGUCAAGCUGUCGCUAGCGCUGCUCAGGCGGGCCGUACUGCCGCUGCUGCCGUGCACGCGGGCAGCGCGGGAUUCCGUGUUAGCAACGCAGCACGCGCCGGUUUCCAUGGCGGAGCGUCAGGUACCACUGGCGCCCGCUUCAGGACGAUGUCGGUUGGUCAGGUUCCAACUACUAGGUUUCAGCAGGUGAGGCAGAUCAUCGGUGGCCCACAGAGAAGAGUCGUUCCGGCCGUCGCCCAGACCGACGUAUUCCGGACCGGAUUUGGGGACGAAUUCAACAUCAACACGUUUGGAACGCUUCGAGCGGGCAACUUCGGAGUUCCGACCUUCGCCGGACCGUACGUGGACAUCGGUCAGUUUGACUUCGCCGCCCGCAAGGAGGCUGCCUUUGCCUCCGCUCCAGGAGACUCCCGCGUAAAGGAGGGAGCUCUCCAGCAAGCUCCCGUCGGCAGACGAUACAAGUCCGGAUUCGCCCGCCAGGUGGAGAGCUCGGCGGCCGACAGGGCCGGAAGCGGACGCGGCGAGACGACGGUAGAGGUCGCUGCGUCGCAGAAGGCUGACCAGGCGCUGGAGCAGACUUUCAAGCAAGAGGGCACCGGCGAGGGUUCCGUGAAAGAAGGCGCCACCUACGGCUUUGAGCAGGACGACCAGAUUCCCUUCCAGCCGGUGGAGAUCGAAGCUGUACCAGUGCACGCCGGGCCCGCUCAUGAAGCCGUCGCCGACAUAGCAGCGAGCGCUGCCAAGGCAGGGUACGCGUAAUCCGUACCGCGUGUAACCAUGGCGACCUUAACCCUGACGACCUGGAAUUGUUACGCCGGAGUUAAGUAGACAACCAUUGAUCCGCCCUCUUUAAUUCGCAGUCUCGGCUACAGAGUAGUCUAAUGCACAUUUGUACAUCUAGAGUAAAUACUAGCUGUCUCUGUAAGCGUUAAGGAGUCUUAUUGCGAGAGUUGUUAUCGGACACGCGCGGUAUUACUCCUCACCAGCCGUGAUUCACGCAUGAAUUUCAGUUACUCGGGGCAUCGUUGUCUAUUUAUUACCGAAUAGGAAUGACGUGUACCGAUGCGUCAUUUUCGUAAAAAAUAAUUACGACUAUAAAAAAAGCGAGUGUUAGAUCAAAGAAACCGACCAAGUUGAAAUUGUAUACACGGCUCAUAGCCGAAGCAAUAUCC